GUGCCAAAAUCUUGAUUUGGUUCAUUUUUUUUGGCUGUUCAGUGCUUUUUCACUGAUGAAAAUGGCCUGUGUGUGCAAUAGGAAAAACUGGAGGCGAUGGAUCCGACCCCUGGUCAUACUCAUUUAUGUUGUAAGCAUGCUGAUCUUUGUUACCUUUGGUGUUUCGAAGUUUCACCAACAGGAGAAGGUUGGAGUACACACUAAAGCGUGGUUUAUUGCUGGUAUCUUCAUGCUGGUGACGGUACAAGUGUCCUUCUGGGGGAUUCUGCAACACUUGGUGCAUUUCACACAACCCAAACUUCAAAAACCUAUUAUGAGGAUUCUUUGGAUGGUUCCAGUAUACAGUUUAGGUAGUUGGUUGGCCUUAAAAUUCCCCAAAGUUGGAAUAUAUGCCGAUACCUGUAGAGACUGCUAUGAAGCUUACACCAUUUAUAACUUUAUGAUCUUCCUUACCAAUAAUUUAACAAUUCGGAUCCCGAAUAUAAUGUUAUACCUGGAAGCAAAGGAUCAGCAACAGCAUCUCUUUCCACUCUGCUGGUGUCCACCAUUGGCGAUGGGAGAAGUGCUGCUCUUUCGAUGCAAACUGGGAGUCCUGCAGUACACUGUGAUCAGACCAAUUACCACUCUUAUAGCAUUGAUAUGUGAAAUGGUUGGUGUCUACAAUGAAGGGAAAUUUGGUUUCUCCAAUGCGAGGACUUACUUGGUUAUAAUAAAUAAUUUGUCAGAAGUGAUUGCCAUAUGCUGCCUCCUGCUGCUUUACAACAUGCUGAAGGAAGAGCUUAGCCCUAUAAAACCCGUUGGCAAAUUUCUUUGUGUCAAACUGGUAGCCUUUGUCUUGUUUUGGCAAGCAGGCCUUAUAGCACUGUUGGUGAAGGUUGGCUUUAUUUCUGAAAAAGGUAUGUGGGAAUGGCAGAGUGCGGAAGCUGUGACCACGGGCCUGCAAGAUUUUAUAAUAUGCCUUGAAAUGUUUCUCGUGGCCAUUGCCCAUUACCAUGUAUUUUCCUACAAACCCUACGUGCAAGAGGCAGAGGAAGGCUCUUGCUUUGACCCUUUCCUGGCCAUGUGGGAUGUAUCCGAUCUCAGAGAUGAUAUUUCUCAACAACUAAGACGCCUGGGGAGAACAAUGAGAGGGCAUCAGAAAAAAAAAUGUCUUCCUGAAGACCCGGAGCAUACCGAACACACAGGUCUGUUCAGUGAUGAUGUUCCCUCAUCAUCACAAGAUGCAGUUUCUGUAGGUUCAAAGCCAUCCUCACACCUGGGCCAAUAUCAGGCCUUUGCACACUCGAUUACUUCACAGAAUGCAGCCGCUGCAUCCAAGGCAUGUAAAGACAUUGUCAUUGAUAUCCCAGAAGAACAGGAACCUCCUGAUAAAGGCCAACAUCAAGACUUAGAAGACUCAUACUUCACAGGAUGCACUUUCUGAGGCCAAGCUAUGUGAAGAUGUAAUGAUUAAUAUCCCAGAAGAGCAGAAGGAGCCCCCUGACUAAUAAAUUUAUAUAUUAUUUUAAAGGGAGAACAAUGAAAUGUUAUCCAGAAAAAAAAAGUUUUUCUGAAGACUCGGAACAUUCUGAACACACAAGUUUGCUUUCCUGAUCAUCACAAGAUGUAGUAUCUGCAGGUUCAAAGCCAUCCUCACUUGCCCCAGGACCAGUAUCAGGGCUUUGGACAUACGAUACUUCACAGAAUGCAGCUGCUGCAUCCACGUCAUGUGAAGACAUUGUGAUUGAUGUCCCAGAAGAGCAGGAACCUUCUGAUACAGCCCAACAUCAAGACUUGGAAGACACAGUUCCUUCACAGGAUACACUUUCUGAGGCCAAGCUAUGUGAAGAUGUCAUUAUUGAUAUCCCAGAAAAGCAGAAGGAACCCCCAACCCAUCAAUGGACUCUUAAAGCUACCAUAAUCCUCUUUGUGUGUAGGCUCAAGAUCUGAACAGUUCAAAAUGUUGGAAAAAUUCAAAGACAGGCAAAAAACAGAUAUAACUACUAUAUAUAAUAAACAUACAUAUAAUGCCAAUACACACAUGUUAAUAUAUAUAUUCGUGUGUUUUGUAUAUCACAAAUAACAUUUAAAUUUCCUAGGAUUUGGCUUUCUUAAACUGUUAGGUUAUCAUAUAUUCAAACAGUAAAUAACAACUUCAGCUGAACUCUCUUGCAUUUCUCAAGAGGAUGGACAUUUGAAAAAAAAAAUCAUUGCUUCUUGCCACUGCAUGAAUGUAAUGAUCUGGACUGAAAAUGUAAAUACAAAAUUAAGAUAAAUUUAAUUUAAUUUAAUCAUCAUGUGCCAUUUAAGUUUACAUAAUUAUAGUUCAACUACAUGUCUUUCAAUAAAUGCCAUACCAUUUUCUGAAACUCUUACGUAUCUUA